AUGUGGGUUAAGCUCCCAACUAAAUCCUGGUUGCACAUACUCUAUCCGGAUAGUGAUCCUACUUGCCCCCUAUGCAAUCAAGAGAAUGAAACUGUUUCCCACAUCCUCGCUCAUUGUCCUAUAGCCCAAAAUUUCUGGAAUUGCCUAUGCAAUUUGGUGAGCUUUCAUCUACAGCACUUCAACCUUUGGUGCGAGGGUUCCUGGUUAAAUGACGGCCUUUUGCUCGAUAGUGAUGAAAGAAGAUUCCUUCACUCUAUUAUUUUAAAUGGCUUCUGGACCCUUUGGAAGCAUAAAAAUGGGUUUCUCUUUGAGAGAAUAAGAGACUCCAAUCAAGUCUUGGCUCAUCGCACUUUGUCUAGAACUGUCGAAUAUUUUAAGCCUACUUCUCCAAGGCAAUCUAGGAUUAGCCGAACCAUUGAAUGGCAUCCGCCUCCCAGCAGUUGGACUAAGAUUAAUUCUGACGGUUCUUAUAAUCCUACAUAUGGUGCUGGGAGACUUUGUUGUAAUUUAGUUCUUGAUGCCGAAGCCAAAGCCACUUGGUAUGCUCUUACUAAGGCUGUUAAGCGGCAGUUGGACAAUGCAAUUUUGGAGACCGAUUCGAUGUUCCUGGUGAACAUCUUAACGAGGAAAACAGAGAUCCCUUGGAAGCAAAGAUCUAUCUUUACUGACUGUUUCUCACUUUUGCACUCAUUUUGUUCAUUUUGUAUUAGUCACAUCCCUCGCGAAGCUAAUCAGGCAGCUGAUUGGCUUGCGCAUUUUGGUAGAUAUGCUAACUCCUUUACCUUUUGGGAGGAUAGUCAUCCUCUAGAACUGCAAAAGUUUUUGUUACUAGAUGCACCAAACUGCAUUGUUACACAUCCUGUGCUUGCUUAA